AUGCCUUUUGUUGGAGAAGACGUCCAUUCAGGACGCAAACGAAGAUACAGCGACGACGAUGAUCGACUUGCAUUUCCAACAUACCACCCAGAAGGCUCCAGGGACAUUUAUGUUGUCAAACAGAAGCCGGAAUUCGCAUUUCGAAAGGUCCUUCCAGUGUCCAAGCGAAUCCGCACCACCAGCGACGAUAUUGAUACAGACGACUCGAACACGAACACCCGAGGCCGGCGUCUAUCGCAGAUCAAGGCGCUUCAGUUCCAGCCUGCUACCAAGACCAUUCUUGCUGCCUGCCACAUCUGCCACCGCAAACCAACCAAAAAAACACAUCUCGACUCUUUUGCCGACUGCCAAGGCUGUGGGGAGCGUACUUGCUUCGUAUGCAUCCGCGAAUGUCAUGGAUGGAACAUGGAUGGAGACUCUGGAGUCUCGGAGCAAGAAGCACUUUCAAGAUCGUUCCACAUGCAUGAUGUGGACGACGAACAACAACACAAUACCAACAUGAAGGAAAGACAGCAAACGAACCAAGGAUGGAACGCUGUUGGGCAUCAGGCUGUAGUAUGCAGUCGUUGCUGUAUCGAACGAGGUACAGAAGGCGAGGUUACGUGCCUGGGUUGCUUUUCUAAAAUGGAGGGCUCAUGA